CGGAGUCGGGUCGCUAGUUGUCCCCUGGCACCCCUUAUACGCCACGGGACCCGGAGGACUUAGCGGGGCAGUCUCGGACCCGGCAGCGGUGGUGAAACCUGGUGCUGAGCGGGAGGCCUUCUCAGGGCCCCCGGACGCGUCUGUGGGUGCCAGGGGGCGUCUACGGGGCGUCCCCGAGAGGACUGGGGGCGUCCACAGGCCCUGGACCGAGCCUAAGGCCUGUCCUCCAUCAUUUAGCUGGCCUGGAUCGUCUCUGUAGGCGCUGUGGAUCGUUUUAAUGUGCUGACUGGAGGCUAGGGUCUGUUGAGAGGGUUUUGGGGCCAUCUUGAGAUCUUGAGCCAUGUCCCAGGAGUGAAGGAGGUCUGCAAGAGUCAAGGUGUAACUGCAGAGCCAGCUAGAUUGCCUGGGGUGACCAUGGAGGAAGAAGAUGAGUCUCGAGGGAAGACAGAGGAGUCGGGCGAGGAUCGGGGUGAUGGUCCGCCUGACAGAGACCCCACACUUUCUCCUUCUGCCUUUAUUCUGCGGGCCAUUCAGCAGGCUGUGGGAAGCUCCCUCCAGGGGGAUCUACCGAAUGAUAAAGAUGGCUCUCGGUGUCAUGGGCUUCGAUGGAGGCGUUGCCGGAGCCCACGGUCAGAGCCUCUUUCCCAGGAAUCAGGGGGCACUGACACAGCCACUGUGUUGGACAUGGCCACAGACAGCUUCCUUGCGGGGCUGGUGAGCAUCCUGGACCCUCCGGAUACCUGGGUUCCCAGCCGCCUGGACCUGCGGCCUGGCGAAAGCGAAGACAUGCUGGAGCUGGUGGCCGAGGUCCGAAUUGGGGACAGGGAUCCCAUCCCUCUACCUGUGCCCAGCCUGCUGCCCCGUCUCAGGGCCUGGAGGACAGGCAAAACAGUUUCUCCACAGUCCCACUCUUCUCGGCCAGCCUGUGCCCGUCACCUCCUCACCUUGGGCACAGGAGAUGGGGGCCCUGCCCCACCCCCUGCCCCUUCCUCUGCCUCCUCCUCACCUUCCCCUUCCCCCUCCUCCUCUUCCCCCUCUCCUCCUCCGCCCCCUCCACCCCCUGCACCUCCAGCCCCACCUGCCCCACGAUUUGACAUCUAUGACCCCUUCCACCCCACCGAUGAGGCCUAUUCCCCACCGCGCCCUGAGCAAAAAUAUGACCCCUUUGAGCCCACCGGCUCCAACCCCAGCUCAUCAGCGGGAACCCCCUCACCAGAGGAAGAGGAGGAGGAAGAAGAGGAGGAAGAAGAAGAGGAGGAGGAAGGCCUGUCGCAGAGCAUUAGCCGCAUCUCCGAGACCCUGGCGGGCAUCUAUGAUGACAACAGCCUGAGCCAGGACUUUCCAGGUGAUGACAGUCCCCGCCCGGACCCUCAGCCCCCUCAGCCGCCUGCGGUCCCUGGAACACCGCCCCAGGCGGACUCCACACGGGCUGAUGGAGCCACCCGCCGGCGAGUCUUUGUGGUGGGGACCGAGGCAGAGGCCUGUCGGGAAGGCAAGGUCUCCGUGGAGGUGGUGACAGCCGGUGGAACCGAGCUCCCACCGCCCCUGCUGCCCCCUGCGGACUCAGAGAUUGAGGAGGGCGAGAUUGUGCAGCCCGAGGAGGAGCCCAGGGUGGCGCUUUCCCUUUUCCGGGCCAGCGGGCGGGCCACCCGGCCUCCUCCCGCCCCCUCAACCACCCCCGCGGCCCAGCCCCCGCCCCAGCCUCCUGCUCCCCGGGCCCCAGAAGGGGAUGACUUCUUGUCCCUGCACGCGGAGUCGGACGGUGAAGGGGCCCUGCAGGUGGACCUGGGGGAGCCGGCCCCCGCGCCCCCUGCUGCCGACACGCGCUGGGGCGGCCUGGACCUCCGCCGCAAGAUCCUGACCCAGCGGCGGGAGCGCUACCGCCAGCGCUCACCCUCCCCGGCCACGGCCACGGCCACUGCUGCCGCCACCGCGGGUCCACCCACCCGCAAGAAGUCCAGGCGGGAGCGCAAGCGCAGUGGCGGCGAGGCCAAGGAGGCCGCCUCAUCCUCCUCCAGCGCCCAGCCCGCCCCGCCUGCCCCGGCCUCCCCCUGGGACUCCAAGAAGCACCGGUCCCGGGACCGCAAGCCCAGCUCGCACACCUCCUCGUCUGCCCGCCGCCGCUCCCGGUCCCGCUCCACCCGCCGCCGCUCACGCAGCUCGGACCGCCGCCGCGGGGGCAGCCGCAGGUCGCGGUCUCGGGAGAAGCGACGCAGGCGGCGGCGCUCAGCCUCUCCACCCCCGGCCACCUCCUCCUCAUCCUCCUCCAGGCGUGAGCGGCACCGAGGCAAGCACCGGGAUGGCGGUGGCAGCAAGAAGAAGAAAAAGCGGUCUCGGUCCCGUGGAGAGAAGCGAUCGGGGGAUGGAGGUGAGAAGGUAUCUUUGGCCACUCAGCAGCCCUCGGGCUCCACCUCUGCCAGCGAUCGGGACAGCCGCCGCAGGGGGGCCGUUCCACCCUCUAUCCAGGACCUCACCGAUCAUGAUCUCUUUGCCAUCAAGCGGACCAUCACUGUGGGCCGGCUUGACAAGUCCGAUCCCCGAGGACCAUCACCAGCCCCGGCUUUGUCACCCAAGAGGGAGGUUCUGUAUGACUCAGAGGGAUUGAGUGGGGAGGACAGGGGUGUCAAGAGCAGUGAGAAGGACCGUCGCCGCUCUGGGGCUGCCUCAUCCUCUUCCUCCUCCAGGGAAAAGGGGUCUCGUCGGAAGGCUCUGGAUGGGGACCGGGACAGGGACAGAGAUAGGGACAGGGACAGGUCAUCCAAGAAGGCGCGGCCCCCCAAGGAGUCGGCACCUUCCUCAGGGCCCCCACCAAAGCCACCAGUGAGCAGUGGCUCAGGCUCCUCAUCCUCUUCAUCGUCCUGUUCCUCCCGGAAGGUGAAACUGCAGUCCAAGGUGGCUGUGCUGAUCCGAGAGGGCGUCAGCAGCACCACCCCGGCCAAGGAUUCUGCAUCUGCUGGUCUGGGCUCCAUUGGGGUUAAGUUCAGCCGAGACCGGGAGAGCCGCUCUCCCUUCCUCAAGCCUGAUGAGCGGGCUCCCUCGGAGGUGGCCAAAGCUGCUCCAGGCAGCACCAAGCCCAAAAAGACCAAGGUCAAGGCCAAGGCUGGGGCCAAGAAAGCCAAGGGGACCAAGGGAAAGACCAAGCCAUCCAAGACCAGGAAGAAGGUCCGCAGUGGAGGCAGCAGUGCGGGCAGUGGCGGCCCUGUGUCGCUGAAGAAGUCCAAGGCUGAUAGCUGCAGCCAAGCAGCAGGCUCCAAAGGCGUUGAGGAGACUUCCUGGUCUGGGGAGGAGCGGGCAGCCCAAGCCCCGAGCACCCCACCGCCCAAGGCAGCCCCUCCGCCUCCUGCACUCACUCCAGACUCGCAGACUGUAGACAGCAGCUGUAAGACCCCGGAGGUCUCCUUCCUGCCUGAGGAAGCUGCUGAGGAGGCUGGAGGUCGAGGAGGAGCAGAGGAGGAAGAAGAGGAGGAGGAGGAGGAAGAAGAAGAGGAGGAAGAGGAGGAGCAGCAGCCUGCCACCACCACAGCCACCAGCACAGCUGCGGCUGCCCCAAGCACUGCCCCCAGUGCAGGGUCCACAGCUGGAGACUCGGGGGCAGAGGAUGGGCCAGCCACUCGUGUCUCCCAGCUGCCCACCCUGCCACCACCCAUGCCCUGGAACCUGCCGGCUGGUGUGGACUGCACAACCAGCGGUGUCCUGGCCUUGACUGCACUUCUCUUCAAGAUGGAAGAAGCCAACCUGGCAAGCCGAGCAAAGGCCCAGGAGUUGAUCCAGGCCACCAACCAGAUCCUCAGCCACCGCAAGCCCCCCUCAAGUCUGGGGGUGACCCCAGCUCCUGUGCCCACCUCUCUGGGUCUGCCCCCUGGCCCUUCCAGCUACCUGCUUCCUGGCAGCCUCCCCCUAGGAGGCUGUGGCUCUACCCCUCCCACCCCCACUGGACUGGCUGCUGCGUCUGACAAGAGAGAGGGCAGUAGCAGCUCCGAGGGACGAGGGGACACAGACAAGUAUCUGAAGAAGCUGCACACACAGGAACGGGCAGUGGAGGAGGUGAAGCUAGCCAUCAAGCCGUACUACCAGAAGAAGGACAUCACCAAGGAUGAAUACAAGGACAUCCUGAGGAAGGCUGUCCACAAGAUCUGCCACAGCAAAAGUGGGGAGAUCAACCCAGUGAAGGUGAGCAACCUGGUGCGGGCCUACGUCCAGCGCUACCGCUACUUCCGCAAACACGGCCGCAAGCCAGGGGACCCCCCAGGCCCUCCUCGGCCACCCAAGGAGCCAGGACCCCCCGACAAGGGUGGCCCAGGCCUGCCCCUGCCCCCUCUCUGAGACUCCCAGCCACCCUUUUUGCUGCCCCUCGCCUCUUUGAGAUUCUGGACAUAUUUAUGGCUUCACCUCCCCGCUUCCCUCCCCCAUCAGUGGGAUGACUGGGGGAGGGUCACUGCGGGGAAGAGGAGAGCCCCCUGCCCUGCCCAGCACCCUGCCCAUCUCCCUGGCCCCCAAGCCGGUCCCCAUGGCCCCUCCCCCUCCGUUCGUGCUCCU